AUGAGCAGUACAAACAAAUAUUUUAUUGGCGAAGAGCGACAACAACAACAACAACAGGAUACAUAUUCUUCUAUUAAUAUUCACGAUCAUUCAUUUCGUUUGAAUGAUAUGAUAGAAAUUAGUUUAAUAAAUAUAACAAAUCGAAAUUUAAAUGGUAGUCUAUAUUAUUCAAUAUCAAAUUUUGAAUAUACAACAUUAACAUACAAAAUUAGUAUGGGAUUUAUCUGUGCUUGUCUCUGUCUAUUAACAAUAACGGGUAAUCUCUUCGUACUUAUUACAUUUCGUCGUAUACGUAAAGUAGGCAAUCUGUUCAUCUUGAGUCUUGCUACUGCUGAUCUAAUUGUUGGCUGUUUUGUCAUGCCCAUUGCUGGAAUAUAUGCUAUUAUGGAAAAAUGGAAUAUGGGUCUUAUUCUUUGUCAGAUUUGGCUUUCAGUUGAUUUUACUGCUUCAACAGCAUCGAUAUUUAAUUUAUUGACAUUAAGUUUAGAUCGUUAUUGGUCUAUAACAUCUCCACUUCAAUAUCUCGGUAAACGAACACGAACACGAGCUUUAUUAUUAAUUGGUUUUGCUUGGGGUUUAUCUCUUCUAUGGGUUAUACCAAUAUUUAGUUGGCAUCAUUUUAAUAAUGGUACACGUUAUGUUGAAUCUGAUAAAUGUGAACCUGAAUAUACACAUUCAAAAGUAUUUAAAGUAUCUACAGCUGUAAUUAAUUUUUAUUUACCGCUACUUGUUUUAAUAUCAUUAAAUGGUCGAAUGUAUUUUGAAAUAAAACGACGUUAUAGAAAUGCUCUUCUACAAAGAUAUUCAAAUAAAGCGACUGAUUCUCCAAAUACUUGUAAAUUACAUCCAACAAGAAAAAAUUCUCGUAUACCUAUAACAAUGACAUUAUGUGAUAGUGAUCGACAGAUAUGUAAAACACCAAUGAACUAUAUAGAAAAUGAUAAUUUAACAACAAUACCACAACGUUUAUCAGUUAUUAAUGAUAAUAAUUUACCAUUACGAAUAAAUUAUACAGAGAAAAGAAAUCGUUCAAGUAUACCAGUUCCAUUAUCUACCAGUCGACAAUCAUCUUUAAAACAUACAUAUUCAUUUGCUGAAAAAAAUCAUUGUACACAGGAUGAAUUAUUAUGGUUUGCUCGUCAUGAUCAACCACGUUCAUCAUUAAGUCCAACACCAACAUUACGUCCACGUCGUACUGGAUCAAAACGUCGCUUAAAUGUUGAUGAACGAUGUUUUAAACAUACACAUGAUUGUCCUUCAUGUCGAUUCUAUUCAAAUGAACAAUUAGAAAUUUCUCAAAGACAUCAUCGUAAUUCCUAUCAUUAUUAUCAAACACAACCUCGCUCAUCAUUUCGUAGUUCAAUAAGUCGAACAACAUUAGUAUGUCGUCGUUGUUCAUUAAAUGAUGCAAUGAAAGCGACAACUACAACGACCACGACAACAACGCGUAUAUUUAAUUUAUGUCUGUGUUGUUCAGCCGCUUCAUCAGCUACAACUAUUCAUUCAGAUAUAGAUCCUUAUAAUAAUAAUAAUAAAACACGAACAUUAUCCGUGUCAUCGGCAUCAUCAAAUACAGGACGAAGAAAAAAUAAAACAUUAUCUUCUAAUUUGAAAAGAAAUAGUACAAUAUCAAAUAUAGUACCUCGUGCUAAUUCUUAUAUAUGUCGCCGUUCAUCAAGUAGAAUGAAACAAACAACUGUAUGGAAUCAACAAGAAAAAGCUUUUCGACAACUAUUUGCUAUUGUAUUUGGUUUUACAGUAUGUUUUCUACCAUAUUUUAUUUUAUAUAUGGUUGUUGCUUUUUGCGGUUCAUGUGUAUCCGAACGAUUUCUUACAGUAACUAUUUGGCUUGGCUAUGUUAAUUCAACUAUAAAUCCAUUUUUAUAUGCUCUUUCAAAUAAACAUUUUCGACAAUCAUUUAAUCAUAUUUUUAAACGUAAUCGACGACGUCAAUCAUAUUAUAAUUAA